AUGGGGUAUAAGAGAAGGUUAGGAUUUGGGACGUUCCUCACCGUGCUAAUCGUGCUGGCGGCGAUCUAUUAUCGCAAUACCGACGACAUCCUGCAAAAACGAUUGUUGACCUUGUUACAUGGCCUCGAGACACUUGAAAACAAGUAUAUCAUUACCAGAAAACCAAAAGUCGCUAUAGGUUAUGGCGUGUGCACCGAUGUCUUCAUUGACGCGAAACAUCUGCUAGGAUAUUCGGAUGAGAUCGGCCGACCUGAACACUUUGACGAGAUCAACACUGAGCUUGAACUACUCAAGAGCUUCGCUUAUUAUUUUCGUCAUGGAGCUGCAGCCGAACGCUAUAUGGCAAACAGAACUUUAUUCGAUGAAUUGGUAUCGAAAGCACGUUCCUUUCCGUCGUCUUACUCAACAAUUGGAGGAAAUGCAGCAGUUAUGGCGAUGCGAUUCGCGCGAGAGGGAUGUGAUGUAACUCUUGCAGCUAAAAUGACCAGAUCCUUACAUCAGAUGAUUCCACAGGUGAUAAAUAUAGUAGGUGGGGAAGUGAAACGUGACGAUAUUCAUCUUAUCAUGGAAUAUAAGCAUGGUGAAGUGUGGGGUCCUUAUUCCAGCGCAAGAGCAAACAGAUACAUUGUUCAUAACGACGUGAAUAAUCCAAUGAUUAGUUCAUUUAAUGCCUUCGACAAAGUUCUGGGAACAUAUGAUCCCGAUUUGUUGGUAGUCAGCGGUCUCCAAAUGAUGGAUAAUUAUCCAUUUCGAGAAGACAAACGCAAGAAUCUGUUAAUGAACGUAAAGCGACAGAUGUUAGAUCGUCCGAGCUCUACUAGAAUUCACUUCGAGAUGGCCUCAUUUGCCGAGGAUAAAUUGCUCUUUGAACUAUGUGACCUGGUAGUUCCUUUCGCUGAUAGUUUGGGAAUGAAUGAACAAGAAAUAGCGAAUUUGUACAAUACUAUGUAUUACGGUAAUAUCUCGUUGGUGGCCAAUUCGACUCCGCGUGUCGCAACAGUGUUAGAUCAAAUGAGAACACUGUUCAAACUCAUACGUCUGAGAGGCAAGUCUAUCACAAAUUCUAGAGAGCUUACGAGAAUUCACGUUCACACGCUAGCGUAUCAAGCUAUAUUUACCGUCAAGGAUUCCAUUUGGAAGAAUACCAUGGCUGCUGCAGCCAAAGCAUCACUUACUGCACAUAGACACGUAUGUGCAUCGAGUAAUGUUGAUGUGAACAAAGCGACACUGAUCAUGGAUGAUAGUUUCUCGACAUCUAUCGUUGACGGUACUCGAAUAGCAUUGAACAUCGAUAAACCAGUAUCUUGUUGGGAUGAGAUAUUAAAGGUAGAGCAAGAGGCUAUCUCUAUUCAGGUGUGCAUCGCUCCUGUAUUGGUUUGCACACAAGCUAGUCAGACGGCAGGUGGCGGAGAUAACAUUUCCAGCGCAGGCCUAGUACUUCAGAUCUAAAGUACGGACUCAUCGAAAUGACGGGAUCGUUAUACUACACCGCCGUGUUCGCAUUACGAAUUAUAUUUCCCAUCCAUUGUCUACGUAGAUAACGAACAAAAAUCCUAAAGUAGAUCUUUAAUAAUGUUCGUAGCACGUAAGAUUCUAUACAUUGGUUUUUACAUUCCAUUUGACUGCGAAAAAGAUAGAUUGGACACGUAGGAUUAAUUACACAUCGCUGAACUAUAUAAAGCACGAUUUAAUUUUUUUAUGCACUCGAGUGCGUUUUAUCGAAUUGUGACGCUCUGCCUAAUACAAUUAUCGAUAGCAAUUUGGUACUAAUCAAUGUUUAUGAACAUUGCAUUGUUAUGCAUUUCUCGCAUUUAUAAACUAAUUUUAAUCGAAAAAAGUUCAUUCUGAUGUUAUAUUAAGCUAAUCAAUGCUGUGGUAGAUUAAGCGUUUUUA